GAUUGGGUAAUGGAUACCAGCGGAUCGACUCUGCUCGGGCGACCUGCUGCUCCCAUCGAAUGCAAUAGACAAUUUUCUAAUUUGCAGCAAUUUCACCCUUUUUACCCAUUCAUUAGUUUGUUUACAGAGGUUUGUGAGGCGAGUGUGCCUAGCAACCUGGUCGUGGCACGCCAUGGGCUCUUGCUCCAUGGAAAUGGACGAGGAGGUGGAUGUGGGAGGUGGAUGUGGUGGAAUGCCUUCACUGGCUGCCUUUUGGAACCGGGCGCCGUCUUAUGGGCCUCCUUCCCGAAACUCCGCCAAUGCAAUUGCCAAAGGUCGAGAGGAGAUGGGGGAAUUGUUUUGAUGCCGACUUUGGCUGGAAUCGUUCCUUCUCCGAGCCGGAUCUCACAGCCAAUCAGAAGUCCGGCGAUCUCAGCCGGUUCGCCAUCAAGCAUCCGCACGAGUACAUAGCCGUCGAUGACCUCAAGUACUUCCGCCGCCGCCAGCCCGUCCAUCUGCACACCCGGAGCAACGUGUGCCUGCACAGCGGCGAUGAGCCAGCGCCCAGCUUUGGCUCCCUGAAAUCCGAGUACCGCAAGCACUUCCGUGGCACCCAGUCCCGACCCAGAUCCUUGCUGCGGCGCGCCACCUCGCUGCGACUGGAGGGAUUCAUGCAGCUGCUGUCGGAGCACCAGGAGAAAUACCACUGGUACACGCCCGAGGACCUGCGCUUCUCCCGCACCUUUCCCGUCCGCAAUCCGGAGAACCUGCAGUUGGGCGAGGGCAGCGAGGGCAACGGCUUCAAUGCCGCCGAUGGCAUGAAGAACUCCUCGUACCUCAUGCUGGAUCCCAGCACCAAGAUACUGCCACGCGAGGUGUUCCUCGACGAGUCGGAGCUGGCGGCCAGGAACCAGCCAGCCACUAGCAAACUGGCCGCGGACAAGUUUCGCCGCGAUGUGGCUGCCCAGGAGCAGCAGCGAUGCCAUCUGCAGAUGCGUGCCCAGGCCGUGGAUCGCGAGCAGCACGGCCAGGUGCCGGAGCCCUCCGAGUACCGUCGCCAGUUCGUGCAGCAGUUCCCCGAGAAGGCGCACUCCAUACCCCAGAUGAGCAGCAUCAAGAUCCAGGGUGAGUUCGUGGCAGUGCCGGAGUACCGGGACAGUUUCCGUAUGUAUGCCAACUACUCGAAGAGCGCACCCAUCAAGAAGAACGACAACCUGCGCGUAUCCGGCUCCGAGGCUGCCUGCGCUCCCAGUUCGGAGGUGCCGGAGUAUCGCGACAAAUUCAUCGACCCACCCAAGCACGUGGCCAAAGAGAAGUCCCUCAAGACGGACGACCAUCUGCGUCCGCGCGGGGAGUUCACCAAAGAGAUUCCCGAAUACCACGAGAGCUUCCGAGAUCCGCAGAUCACCGAAAUGCCGGAGCGAGGAAAGCCCCGGGAGCCGUUCCUUCGCCUGCGCGGCAAGAUCGAGUUUAAUCCGGAGUACAGGAAUAACUAUCAGGAUUUUCCGCGUUCCCGACCCGUCGUCCAGAAGCCCACUUCCUGCUUCCGGUUGCCCACCUCGGGCGUAUGCCACGCCCCAUCCGUUCACCAUCAGCCGGAAGAGGAACUGGAAACGCCUGUCCUGGUAACAGUGCCUCCAUCAGAGGUAACCGCCACCCCGGAAUACCGCCGAGCGCAGUACAACUACCAACUGCGGGAGCGGCCCAGGGAUUUGGAGGCUGCUCCAGCCGGUGUCCAGGGGAAUCUGCGCAAGAGCUCCGAUUCCUCGUUGGAGGCCAGACAGCCGCAAGCGCAGAUGCCCCACAAACGGAGAACGUCGCGUCAGCGGCAGAUCAAGGAGCCCGAGCAGCCGUUGGCCACCAGAUUCGACGAUGUGGGCGGCAAUGCGGCCAAAAAGCCAGCCCGCUACGGCCGACGAGCAUCUGUCCUCCAGAACGCAGCCAGCUGUCGGGAGAACUCGUCGAUCAUCGAAGGUAAUCCCAAAUACGCCGUGGGAUGUCGGCGCUCCAAGCAGCCAGGCGGAAAUCAAACGCAGCCACCUGGUGCCUUCGUGGUGCUCGACGAGCCGUGCAAGCCUUCCAACUGGAUGAAGAAGACCUGGUACGACUCCUAGGACAACGCAUCUACACCUACCAUUGGUAUUCUGUUUUA